CGGCACGAUACUUCAUUCUCCUCAAGAAAAGUCCUGCUCAGGCGAAUCAAAACGUUGAUCAUGGCUCGGGGACGCGGAGGCGGCAAUCAUAUCCAACGUCGCGCAGUCGACUUGACCGGUAUUAUCUCAAUAGCUGAGAGAAAUGACUUGGAGACUUUGGUCAAGGCUAUUACGGAAAGAAUGGCCAGAGAUAUUAGCAACAUCUUUGACUCUCCCCCCGUUGCCCCAAUUCAAGGCGACCACGGUCAUCACAAGUGGCUUUUGCUCCCCUUGCUGCAUCACAAACAGAAUAGGUCGGCAUCCCAUUCCCAUUCCCUAAUGGGCUUGAUACACGCCAAUUCAUCGAAUACUUAUGACAAGGCUCGAGAAAUCAUCGAAAAGGAAGAAAAGCAGGCUAUGACUCCACAACUACGCGAGUUGAAAAAGGAAGCCUUGGUCUUCUUCGACAAAUGGCAAUCAAUUGUUUUGCUAAGGGUUAAAAAUGUUGCUGUGAAUGAUCAGCAAUGCUUCCAGGGAAGUUCUCGUGGUCGUGGACUGAGAGGAGCACCUCGCGGGCGAGGCGGAGGUGUAGGCGGCCGUGGUGGGGGAAUAAUACGCCCCCAGACUCUAGCAACAGGACCGCCUCGUGCACCCUCGAACUACGCGGAUCGUGAUUUGGCUGCUCGUCACCCCCCUAUUCCAAAUGCACUAUGGACUCUGGAUUUGAACAAGCGCAAAUCGCUGCUGCAGAUCGUCUUCUUUAUUAUGUUAUCCAUGCAAGAGUACACGGCAAACUCGAGACAGCUCCUUCUAGGCCUCACAACUUCCUUGAACCUCCCAUUCAAGGUGUAUCAAGAGGAAGAACUACGCCUUGCUCAAGGAUUAGCCAAGGCAGCUCUUGAUCAAGCCAAGGCGGAUCAAGCCAAAGCGGCUCUUGAUCUUUCUCCGGAGGAUGCUAUCAACCAAAAGUCUGAAGAAUCGAAGAGCGCACGACGUUGGAAAGUUGGAUUAGGAGGCCAUCCGGGAAAGCUUGCUGCUCCGAAGCUUGCUGCUCCCCUUAUUGACGUCGGUAUUGGUACCGCACAUGAGGGCCUUGGCCUCACCUCCUCUGCCGCUGCAAGCCUUUUGGGUACAAUGGCAGAAAAUGCAACUGCAAUGGGUGCUCUUUUCGGUAUAAAUGCUUCGAAACCGACAGCCAAGAUGAUGGAGAUUUUUGCCCGCGAGAUUCAAGACUUUGCAUUCAUCCCUCUUCAUGGUGUGGAAGGCUCUGAGUAUCGCGAUGCUCGAGAGAUCCCUGCAGAGCAUCGUAGACUCUGCCUUACAAUUGCUCUGAGCGGAUUCCUUCUCGAAGAUGAAGAUGCCACAAAAAACUGGCGUUGUCUUGGCCGCUUUACGGAGUCUUUUGUCACACGAUGGGAAGUUGCAGCUCUUACCAACCUUGGCAACUCUCUCGAGGAGGUGGUAAAGAGUAGUGCUUGGAUCGAUGGGCAAAAAGAGAUUAAAGCUCGCACAGUCUUCUCAAGCCUCAUCGAUUCCUCCUGGCCAGUUAAGCUGCUCAGAUCAAGCAAGAUUAUGGACAAUUCUUGGAGUGUUGGAAUGGUAAGAGCGGAGAAGGCGGGUGCUGUCCUUGCUGACGCCAUUAUGCGACAAAAGUUCCAGGGAGACAGGCCAGUUUCAUUGGUAGGAUACAGUCUUGGGGCCCGAGCCAUAUACGCAUGCCUCAUGGUGUUGGCAGAGCGCCGACAAUUUGGAAUCGUCGACUCAGUCAUACUGAUGGGCACCCCGGCGCCAUCGGAAAGUCGAGUGUGGCUGACGCUCAAGAGCGUUGUGUGCGGUCGCUUGAUCAACGUCUACUCAGAGCACGACUAUAUCCUGGGGUUUCUAUAUCGAACCUCCAAUAUUCAAUUCGGCGUCGCUGGCUUGCAGGAAAUCCAAGGGGCAGAUGGUGUCGAGAACUACAGAGUGCGUAACCUUCCUCGAGGCCAUCUUAGUUACCAAAGCCAGGUGAGUCAAAUUUUGAAGAACGUCGGCUGGGAGGAUAUCAGGGCAGAUGUUGUCAAAGUGGGAAAAUGA